GAGACGCGACGCCAGAGGUUCAAACAAAUUUGGUCAAAAAUAGAGAAGAUGAUGAAUUGGAAUUGGAAUUGGAAUUGGAAUUGGGAAUUGGGAAUAUGGUAAAUUUGAAAACCGUAGUAAAUGUAUAUAUGUUGAUGGGUGUUGUGACUGAAGAAGCAAAAGCAAUGCAUCCUUUGUUCUUCUUCUUCUUCUUCUCCGAUCCAUAUCCAUUUGAAGUCUGCAAUCAAUAUCUUUAUUCGAAGCCCAACUCUUCCAAAUAUCGGAAACCCGGUUGUGGCGAUUAGAGCUCCACGAAAACCAGAAAUCCCCAAAUUCAAAAUUCAUCUUUUCCUUCUUCCAUGAAACGAAAUUAUGAAUCUUUCUCCAUCUAAUAAUCUAUCUUAUGGAUUCCAAUUCCAAUCUCAAACCCCCUACCCCUACUUACAAGGAUUACUACACGAUCUUACAAGUCGAUUAUGAUGCAACUGACCACAACAUCCGCCUCAAUUACCGCAAGCUCGCCUUGAAGUGGCAUCCUGACAAGCACAAGGGUGAUGCUGCUGCUACCUCUAUAUUUCAAGAAAUUAAUGAAGCUUAUUCUGUGUUAAGUGAUCCAGAUAAGAGACUUGAAUAUGAUUUGAAUGGAAAUUAUGAGAUCGACAAGUAUACUCUACGGGAAUAUUUAGCCAGAUUCAAAGGAAUGAUACUCACUUGUAAUGGUCUUGGUAUGACCCAAGUCCCAAACAUCAAAAUGCCUAUUGCAGUAGUUGUAGUACUAUAUUAUGGUGGUCUUGGAAAUGUAUGUGCAAGACAGUCUGUUCAUUCACUUUCGUAAGUUUGCUGUGAUUUGAUAAUGAUGUUCGUACGUUUCAUGUGAUCCACCCGUGCAUAGUUCUUUCGUCCCCAUGAGUGAGCAAAGCUAGAGCCUAGAGACAGUAAUUGUAACGAUAAUGAAUUUUCUGUCUUAAUGACAAGCCGAAAGGAUCGAGUAUAAAGUGCUAAUAAAUACAUAAUAUAUGAUUUAUGUUUACAUUUUGCAGCUUGGCAUUUCUGGUUGAUGAAAACUGUAAGUGGUUUGUGUUUAUUUUUGUUGAUUGUGCAGGUCACAGGCACUAAUGGAACUCAAUGAUUUAAAGGAAAAUUGAGGUUUGGAGGGAGUCAUUUUAUUUAUUCACAUCUCUCCAUCUCAAUAUUCUUGUCUGUCAACAUUCAGAGAUGAGACAAAUAUUUGUAUCAUGUUGUCAAGUAAAGUAGUGCAGAAAACAUGUUGAAAAACAUCAUUUCGUGUUCAUACUAGUUAUGCAGGCCUAAUCUUGUGGUA